AUGGCGCUCUCGGGCCUCAUGUCUCGCUCCUCGGCUCGCUCGGCGCGCUUCGCCUCGAGUCUCGUUCGCGCCUCACCGCCGCUCCGCCCGGCGACCGUCGUCGCUGCCAUGAUGCCGCGUCGCAGCCUGUCUUCGCUGACGUCAGAAGAUGUGGAGCGUCUGGGAGCGAAGGGCCUCAACGACCCGAAGCUUAAGGAGCUCUUCGAGGGGAUGUGCGUGCCGGGCGAGACCAGCAUCCCGACCGAUGCGCUCGCCAAGCGCUUGGCCGGCUCGGACGGGAGCAGCUUCUACACGAAUGCCGGAGCGCUCGUAGAGCUCCUCAUGACCUGGACGGCCAAGAAAAUGGACACCAACAGCGAUGGCGUGGUGUCCUUCGACGAGUUCAAGUCGGCCGUCCGGCAGACCGAGGCCGACCUCCUCGAGACGUCCUUCUUCAGCACCAAGGCGCUCGAGAUGCUCGGCAUCGACUCAUUUGACGACCAAGGCGCUCGAGACGAUGCUGACGCGGGAAUUCAUUCGAUCAACAUGCUCAAACUCGAGUUCGUGCCGGCCGCCGGUAACAAGCUCGUGCUCAAGCUCUCUCCUCCGCCGCCGCUCGCUGACAAGCAGGCGUCUCUGGCGGACAACACGACCGUCAUCGAAUCUGGCGGCAACGCCGUCGGCAUCCCCUCCGAGCCCGUCUCGCUCAAGCAUGGCAUCGACACCGGCACCGCCAGCACCGGCACCGGCACCGAGGGCGAGCCCGGCCCGCUCAAGGACGGCAUUGACGCGACCGGCGCCAUCAAGAUCGACCCGGCGCUCAAGCCGGUCACCAAGGUCGUCACGGCCCUCAAGCCGGCGGCGGCCGGCGGCGCGCCGGGCGACGCCGACUGGAACGUUUCGACCAAGGAGUUACCAGAGGAGGAGCCCGCCCCGGCGGGCAUCGACGAGUGGAAGACCCCCUCCCCGCUCCGCAAGAUCGAGCGCAAGGGCGAGUCCAACCUGGUCGACGGCAUCGCCGACUGGACGACCCCGUCGAACCCGCGCCGCAACAACGGGCGCAACAAGGGCGAGGUCAAGUCCAAGAAGGUCUCCAACAAGUACGAUCUGCUCGACGACGUCGAGACGAACGUCGCGGCGGAGAUCGACGAGGUCGACGAGAAGAAGGGGAGGGAGAAGGGCGCGAAGUCGGGCAAGGAGUCCUCGGGCGCGACGGUCACGACGGAGGGAUCCGUCUCCGACUCCGGCUCGUGGCCCAUGUUCUGCUGGCCUAACAUGCUCUGCACCGUGUUCGUCUGCCUCAUCGCGGCGAUCGCGAGCGGUGGGGCUUUCGCCCACUCUUCGCAAGGCUCUGGCUCCCAGCCUGUGUUCGCGGUGCACGACUUGCGCCGUGUCCACGUGACUUCGCUGGAUGGCCGCGCGGUUCUGGACGACGCGAGUGACAUCGCGGCCGCGGGGCGCGUGCGCUGCGUCGCCUUUAUCAUAUCGGGCGGAGUACUGUCGCGGAGAAGCUUUGCGUUUGCAGUUCGCAGCCUAUCCCCUGUCCAGCCUGCACGAGUGUUCACCGACAUCGAGUCGGCGCGCCUCUGGGUCAACGACUGCGUGUCGCAGUCGGACGGACAGGUCGCGCCGCCAGUGCGGCAGAGCAGCCCAGCCGGCUGA